GAUCAGCUCCAUCAAUAAUCACGUUAUUAGAAAGCGAGAGGAUCAGUGAUGUCAGCGCUUCGUGUGUGUGUGUGUGUUUGUGCGCGCGCGUGAUUCGGGGGAGGCGGGGAUGAUGCUUUGUCAUUGAGGAGCUCAGCAUCAGCAGCAGUGUUCUCUCUCACUCCGGCACGUCCGACGCUGAGCACGCUGCAUCCUGAUGCGCUCCCCGCUGCACUCACUCAGCUUACCUGGAUUUACACGCAUUCGCCUCUUCUUUUUCUUCAUUUAUUUAUUUAUUUGGUACAAAUAUCUCCGACUGAAGCGGCUGCACACUGUUGACUCAUUUCAAUGUGUUUGGACCGAAGGAGAGCGGCACGUCCCAAGUGUCAGAUAAGAAACGAGCCAUCCUGCGGAUGCGCCGUCCCCGUUUCGCCUCCAUCAGCAUCCUAACUGUGUGAGAUCCAUGACUGAUCCAUGUUGUGUUUUCACAGGCUGUCUUUAGAGCGCACCUCUCACCAACAUGGAGAAAUUCCAGUCUUCCAUGCGCAAACGGCUGUACAGCUUGCCGCAAAACAUUGUGCAAAAAAACACAGACAGUGAAGGAGACAGCGGCGACAAGGACACCAAACGGAAAAGUAUUCGACUAAAACAAUUGUCCUCUCUGUCUCCGGCGAGCAGUUGCAGGAGCAUUGAAGAGGCCAGGAGCGGAGACUUGGACAGGGACGUUACCGUCAAGACCAACUUGAACGGAGACUGCCGCUUUUUCAGAAGCAGCAUCUCUUCCAUCACCGGACGGCAACCUCCCGGGUCUAAUCCCGCGGAGCAGCGGCGCCUCCUCCCUGAGACCGACGCCGGUGCCUAUGAGAGUUUACCCGGGGAGCACGGCCCCGGGGCCCAGCAGCGGAUAGCCAGAGGGCUGCUCGGCAUUCCCGGGCAGCCGUCCGUGUUCGAUCAGCCAACUUUUAUCAAGUUGGAAGGAACGGAGCAAAUAAUCCCUGAAGAUGAGCGGCUGUACCAGGCGGGCUUCAUGCACCGGCAAUUUGGGGCAAUGCUCCAACCGGGAGUCAACAAGUUUUCCCUGCGGAUGCUGGGCAGUGAGAGGGCCGUGGAGCAUGAGAGGGAGCGCGUAAAGUCUGCAGGCUUCUGGAUAAUCCACCCCUACAGUGAUUUUAGGUUCUACUGGGACCUGACCAUGCUGCUUCUGAUGGUGGGAAACCUCAUCAUCAUCCCCGUGGGGAUCACCUUCUUCAAGGAUGAGCACACGCCACCCUGGAUCGUCUUCAAUGUCGUGUCAGACACUUUCUUCCUCCUGGAUCUUGUCCUCAACUUCCGAACGGGGAUCGUCAAGGAGGACAACACAGAGAUCAUCCUGGACCCACAUCAGAUCAAGGUCAAGUACCUGAAGAGCUGGUUUGUGGUGGACUUUGUCUCCUCCAUACCGGUGGACUACAUCUUUCUCAUCGUAGAGACUCGGAUCGACUCAGACUUUUAUAAAACGGCUCGAGCGCUGAGGAUCGUCCGCUUCACAAAGAUCCUCAGUCUGCUGAGGCUGCUCCGUCUCUCCAGACUCAUCCGCUACAUCCACCAGUGGGAAGAGGUUUUCCACAUGACGUAUGAUCUUGCCAGCGCCAUGGUGCGGAUCAUGAACCUGAUUGGCAUGAUGCUGCUGCUGUGUCACUGGGACGGCUGUCUGCAGUUCCUGGUGCCCAUGCUGCAAGACUUCCCUCCUGACUGCUGGGUCACUAGAAACAAGAUGGUGAAUGACACCUGGGGUCAGCAGUACUCCUAUGCCCUCUUCAAAGCCAUGAGUCACAUGCUGUGCAUCGGCUACGGCCUCUACCCCCCCAUCGGCAUGGGUGACGUCUGGCUCACCAUCCUCAGCAUGAUUGUGGGCGCUACCUGCUUUGCCAUGUUUGUGGGGCACGCCACUGCUCUCAUCCAGUCUCUGGACUCCUCCAGGAGGCAGUACCAAGAAAAGUAUAAACAAGUGGAGCAGUACAUGUCUUUCCACAAGCUCCCCGCUGAUAUGCGGCAAAGGAUUCACGACUACUACGAACACCGUUAUCAGGGGAAGAUGUUUGAUGAGGAGAGCAUCCUGGAGGAGCUGAAUGAGCCUCUAAGAGAGGAAAUCAUCAAUUUUAAUUGUCGCAAACUUGUGGCCUCCAUGCCCCUGUUCGCCCACGCAGACCCCAACUUUGUCACCUCCAUGCUGACCAAGCUGCGCUUCGAGGUCUUCCAGCCGGGCGACUACAUCAUCAGGGAAGGCACCAUUGGCAAGAAGAUGUACUUCAUCCAGCAUGGUGUGGUCAGCGUUCUCACCAAGAGCAACAAAGACACCAAGCUGACAGACGGCUCUUAUUUUGGAGAAAUCUGCCUGCUGACUCGAGGCAGGAGGACGGCCAGCGUGAGAGCAGAUAACUACUGCCGGCUGUACUCGCUGUCCGUAGACAACUUCAACGAGGUGCUGGAGGAGUAUCCCAUGAUGAGGAGGGCGUUUGAGGCUGUGGCGCUCGACCGCCUCGACCGAAUUGGGAAAAGAAACUCUAUUCUUCAACAUAAGGUCCAGCACCACCAGAGUUCAGGCACAUUAAACCUUCAUGAAACAGAAAUCAUCCAAAGAAUAGUCCAGCAUGACCGUGACAUGGCCCAGUGCACGCAGCUGAUCCAAACCAGCACAGCACCCACCUUAAACUCUCCGGCGGCUCCUCCAUCCCCCACCCCUCUCAUCUGGACCCCGCUGGUCCAGGCUCCGCUCCAGGCCGCUGCUGCCACCACACCUCUGGCACUGGCCUUAGCUCACCACUCCACGCUGCCUCCAAUCCUCCUCCACAACCCUCUGAUACCCGGUUCUGCUCCUGGAAAGGACCACAGUAGCCUUCUGAAGAGGGUUCAGAUCGGAGCCUCCGGUAGCUGUGGUUCAGGUUCUCCUACCAGCCCGGCUAAAACCAGAACUGUGGUUGAGACUCCGAUUUUGGGGUUCUCCGAGACACAGCAUCACUACACCGGACUCUUGUCUCCCUCUCUACCUCCACAGCCCAUCUUCACCAGCAGCCUGCAGCCAGUAACCCAUCUACCCCCUCACCUCCCCCACCCCAGCAUGUCUUCGGUGUUCCCCAUCAGCCAGACCACCGUCUCCUAUGCCUGCUCUGCUCAGCUCCACUCCCAGCACUUCCACGGUGCUAUGACCACUCCACCUCUAGGUUUGCUUCAGCAGGGGGUGCCGGGGAGGCUGACUGGAAGAUAUCCAGCCACCAGCAUCACCCCCCUGAUCUGCAGCUCAUUGAACCCCAUUCUAAGCCAGCUGCAGCAGACCUGUCCUUCCUCCUGCAUUCAGCUAACAGGGCUCAGUCACGAAGCAGCCAGCAGCACAUCCACCCAUGUCAACCCCCCACAUUGUCCAGUCAUCACCAGCUGCCAGUCCACUGGAUUUAAUCCUCCAGUGCCCCCCAGAAGAGCUGGGGCUGCAGCCUCUUUGGCCCAGCACACCCUGUCAGGACUGCACUCUGUAUUACUCCCCCAGGUUCUCCCCGAACACUCAGCCCUCGCCGCCCUGGCCCAGUACGGCUCAACUGAGGACUCGCCCAGCUGCACGCCUCCCAUCCACACUCCAAAUACACAGAGCCCUAUGCAGGGACAUAGACUUUAUCACAGUGAGUCCCCCAGCGCCACAGGCUCCCCCGACUCUGUCACCCUUCCCGCCUCAUGUCCUGUCAGGGGGGCCUCCUCUCUAAGAGAAACGGCUGACUUGGAUGUUUUUACCCAGGAAAUAAAGACAAUCUCAGGCUCUCACAGCUGUCCACACCAGGAACAGCCUUUGGUCAUGAGCAGCUCAUCACCUUGGUCAGCGGGGGUCCUCUCCUCCCCCAUGGCGGUUAGGAACCCCUACAGUCCGAUCCCCGGCCAAACUGCUGCUGUGAGUUGGACGCAUACAGGACCUGAACCUCUGGACCAGUCUGCCAGUCCUCCUGUUACACCACCCACCAAAAUGUUGGAGAGCGAAUACAAACAGUCCAAAUUCCCCUCUAACUUGUGACUCGUUUAGUACCUGAGCAGGACUAAGUGGGCGGGACUAAUCAGACUGUAGACAGUUUUUAUUCAGAGUGAAUGGAUUACAAAUGAUGGACAACUACAGUUAUUUUUUUCUAUUGAACACAAAAUCUUUGAUGAUACAACCGAAAAGGAUUGAUGGAUCUAUAUUUAAAACCCAUGGAGAUAUAAAUUGUUAUAUAUAGACACACACACACACAUAUACAUAUGUGUGUGUGUGUGUUAUAUUCUAACCUUAUGCUGUGAUUUGUCAUCAGUCUUUGUUUAAAACAAUCUCGUCUGUUCUUUAAUCAUCUUUAGCUGCACUUGUUUAGUUGAAAGCCUGUCUGCAACGUUCUCCAUUUAUGAACAAAACCAAAAAUGAUCGUUGUCUGUUUAUGUCCUUUUGUAAAAGAGCGCUGGUAGAGUUGAGUGUGACGUGAACGCUGCUCCUCACGAUGGCGUGUUUUCCAAGAUAGCAAUAUUGCACCCCCGAAUGGGUCACGCAAAUCAGAGCAAACAAACUGGUGAAUGUACCAACUGAGUGGGAGAACCGUUUGAAUGUGUGAAACAUGAAGGAAAAGGAGCCACAAAACAGGUACAGAGCAGCCACCUGGGCUGAGGUCUGUGUGCCGUGACCGCUGUAUGCAAUAACCUGUUUUAUUUUUACUUUUACUGGGAUGUGAAGACACUGUGAAUUGAACCACUUGUGUCAAAGAUUAUAGAUACAAUAAGGGAACUGAAUUUAAAAAUAUAAGCAAUUGUGAAUAAUUAAGAAUCUUCAAACCAGUAAUGCACUAAGAUCGAUGUGAAUGUUUCUCGCACCAGUCAAAGGGCUAAAAAGCAGUUUCCCGGACUCAUGGUUGACCUGAAAAUCCCGACAGGUCAUAUUGCUGCAUAUUUACCUCUCUCACUGUGCAAUGUUUGAUUGUAAGAAUCUGGCAUCUGCUGUUGCUGCUUUGUGAUGCUAUGCUGAAUCAAAAAGGGACUACUUUCUAAACCAACCUAAGUAAAUCCUUCUACUAGUUAAUGUUUUAGAUGAUUAGUUCUCUCUAAACCCUGGUCGCCACAUGAAGCCAUUGGAGAAUCCUGUGCAGCGGCAUUACUCCACCUGAGGUUUGCUUUGUCACUGGAGCUCCUUAGAGGAGGGGUGAUGCUGUCAGUCCAGUCAGCACCGCUGGACUCGGUCCUUCAUCUUUAUUCUCCUCCACCACCUGCCAGCAGCAUCAGCUGGGGUUCACUUCAGCUUUAUUUUGACUACGGUGUAAAACCAUCCACCUCUUUAUUAGUUUAUCAUUUGUUGCCUUCUUUGAAAACCACCAAAUCUGAUAAUUUAAUCCUGUAUGUUAGGCACAUUUUAUUUUAGCUACUGAAAUCAACGCAAUAAAAAUGACAUAUGGUCACUGACCCUCAUCCUCGCUUUUGAUUUCUUUUUGAAGAGCGCAGUAACGCGGCAUGAGGAAAAUCUGAUGAAAAUGAAGGGGAAGUCUCCGGCUUUAAGCCGGAUUAUAAAAUAGAGAACAGCGUGCUGUUGUUUGGUGCCAAAUUUCUAAAUAGCCAGGAUUAUAAUCUGCCCGAUAUUCAAUACAAAGAAAAUGAUUUGCGUAUUCACAGACUGUUAAGUGGUGGAUUAGUAAGUAAAUAGAUAUUUAAUUUGGUGCUGCUUCUAAGGUUGAUUGAGCUAAGCUCCUUCUUUUCAGAUGAAACUGUCAGGCUGAUUAAAAGCAAAUAAAUAAAUAAAACCACAGCCUUUCCUGGACAACAAAUCCACAUAUAUUAAUAACCACAUUUAAGUGAUUUAAUUUAAUUUAUUUAUAAUAAUUAAUUAGAUUUUUCAUUUACAUUGAAUCAUCAAUAAAACUUAUUUUUAUGAGAAACAUGAUUCACAUGUUUUUAAAAGCUGCUACUUUCUAAAGGAAUUACUCUUUGGAGUUACAUCAUUAAAAAGAAAAUGAAUUCUAUGUGUUAAAACUGAAUUUCACUAAAGUAA